AUGCAUGUUGAGAUCAAAGAUAAAAUUGGUCCCCACUUUCCUGAGCCACUGCGUGAGCCUGAAGAUAUGUCCAAGCUGACUGAGAAGCCAGACGUCAAAAAGGAGUUACAAUGGGCUUUGGAUGCUAUUACUAUGACCAGAAAGAAACUAAAUGGCAGAGUUCCUCUCUUAGGAUUCUGUGGUGCUCCUUGGACUCUGAUGGUUUAUAUGAUUGAAGGAGGUGGAUCGAAAUUGUACAGAUUUGUACGCACUUGGCUUUAUAAGUAUCCUGAAGAGUCGAAGAAGCUUCUUCAACGCAUUACAGAUGUUGCUGUUGAGUUCUUAGCACUUCAGGUAACUGCUGGUGCACAGAUGCUACAGGUUUUCGAGUCUUGGGCAGGUGAGUUGGGACCUACUGAAUUCAGAGAGUUCUCGUUGCCUUAUCUUAAAGAUAUUGCAAACAGAGUUCCCAAGAGAAUCCGAGAACUGGGUCACGAACCUGUCCCAAUGACAGUAUUCGCCAAAGGAGCUUGGUAUGCUCUUGAUGAGCUGGCUGAUUCAGGAUACGAUGUAGUUUCUUUGGAUUGGCUCUACGAUCCAAAGGAUGCUGUUAAAGUGGCUAAUGGAAGGGUGACCCUUCAAGGAAAUCUUGAUCCUGGUGUUAUCUAUGGCUCUAAAGAAACCAUUACCCGCAAGGUCAAUGAAAUGAUCGGUGGUUUUGGCAAACAAAAGUACAUUAUUAACUUUGGUCACGGUACUCAACCUUUCAUGGACCCCGAAAAUGUCCGUUGGUUCUUGGAAGAAUGCCACAGAGUAGGCAGUGCAUGA